AUGAUUUUAUUAAAAAUUGUUGCAGCACUUUUGAUGACUCAAAUUUCUGAGGCCGAUUCCAAUUUCGCUGCAAGAGGACAAUUUCCAUACCACGUAGCUAUAUUUGACAAGGAAGGAUCGUUUUGCAGUGGAGCACUUAUCAAAGACAACUAUGUUGUUACAAGUGCCAGUUGUCUAAUGGACGAAACUGGACUAUUUCCUGCUGACAAAUACUAUGUUUUACUUGAUUUCGGACUUGGUAUCCAGACACUAGAAAAGCAUAACAUCGCAUUAUUAAGGUUAGAACGAAAAGUUGAACUCAACCAAUACGUUAACAUAGUAGAUCUACCUGAUUUAAAUGAUACUUUUAACAAAACUUCAGAAGGUGUUCUGACCCGUUAUCAGCAAUACAUGCGAUCAUAUUCCGAUUUUUAUGUCACACUGACCUUUUCUUCAUCUAAUGUCACAACAAGUAGUAUAUGUGAAAGAAAUAUAAAAAAGUACUUUAUAAAACCCAAGGUGUUAUCACAAUUUUGUAUCAACCAUAUUCUACAUGGAAAAAAUCUUAAAUUUCAGUCUAGCGGCAUUUUUGUUCAAAGUGAGGGUAACAAGACUGUUCUCACUGGACUUGCUGUUGGGAACA